AGUGUGCUCGAUGAGGUAACUACAAACAUGGCAGCGCUUUUUGCAAUACGGUGCUUAUUUAGAAGCUAUUCUCGGGUCAGAAAUGUCGAUCAAAACACACGAGUACUUGUCAGAUGUAGCWGAAGGAUGCUGUGCAGUGCACCGUCUGACAGCAGUUCUCCAGAUGCCCAUGUGAAGCCCCAGUUUCUGGAUGCAGAGGUGCAGGACAUCCUAACCAGAAUCACAGGCUUGAACCUGGAGAAGGUGUUCAGACCCAUCAAACAGGAGCUGAAGCKCCCCAAGUACAAACUUAUGACAGAUGCACAGUUGAAGGAGGCGACCCAGAGUGCCAGGGAGCAGGCCCAGAGGCUGCUGAAGAUGCCUCCAGUGCUGCCGGAGAGGAAGCCCAUCAUCGAUGUACUGUCUGAGGACAAGAUCCUGGAGGGCAUGGACACAGCCGAAUACGUCUUCACUGACAUCACCUUCAACAUACCACACAGGGAGCGGUUCAUAGUGAUCCGGGAAUCCACCAGGACACUGAAGAAGGCAUCGUGGGAGGACAGAGAGAGGAUCCUGCAAGUCUACUUCCCUAAAGAGGGCCGCAGGCUCACAGCACCCCGUCUUCAAGGAGAACCUGAAGGUGCAUGCAGCCACCUUGAGGAUCUUGAGAAGAUGGGYAAGUKUGAUCUMCUGCAUUCAACCAGACACAUUGGAGGCCUGGUCUGGUACCUGGUCAAUGCCAGGAGGGUGGAUGGACUCAUCAUAGACAUGCUGCAGAAAGACCUAUGGCAGGAUGCAGUGAGUCUGGUGGGUCUGUUCAACAAGGUCCAUCCACACAGUGAGACAGCCCAGGAGGCCUCCAGCCAACAGGCCUCUGGACUGGACCUGCUCAAGAUCUACGCUAAGCGGGAGUCCCAGAGGGCAGGAUACGUAGAGCUGGCCCUGCAGGCCUACGAGCAGACUUCCGCAGAGAGCUCCUUCUGACCGUCAUGCAUCACCACACCUAACCACUGGAGAGCUCUGUCACAUCACAGCAUAGCUCCAU